GCAGCCCCAGGCAUACAGAGGCGGCGAGGAGGGCUCCACUCCGCGGCGUGCUGCAGCCAGGGUGGGCUUGUAGAUGCUGGCAGCGGGCAGGGAGCCCCCCUGUGUGAGCGACGCCACCCUAGGAGCCAGAGGGAGGGACCUGCCUGCUGGAUGCUUCCUGGGUGCUGCUCCAACAGAGAUCCUCAGCGUUGUCUUUCGCAGCAUGAAGAAGGAAAGAGAAUGGAAGGUGCUGAUCAUGGACCACCCCAGCACGCGCACCCUCUCGUCAUGCUGCAAGAUGUCUGACAUCGUGGAUGAAGGCAUCACGCCCUGUCCUGAACCUCUGUUCAAGGAGCUGAGGAAGUCACGGAUCACCAAGGCCAUCAAAACACUCAAGGAGAUCAACAUGGUCUUCCUGCCGUACGGGAGCCAGGGACCAACGAUGACUGAGAGGACAAGCAGGAGGAGGAGGAGGAAUGGGUGGAUGUGGCUACAGAGGAGGCUGCUGUCAACAUCAUCCAAAAGUAGCUCCAGUGCAGAGAAAAGACAUCACUGAGGACAAACUGGACAAGAAGUUGUGGCCCUUUGUGUUGGAGCCGGUCCCUGCCACCAGUUCCCAGGC